AUGCAGUACCCUAAGGUUACUGAAAACUCCUCGACAUCCCACGCCUCGACAUCCACGACCGGUUUCGCCCUUCUUGGGGCUCAUCAACUAAAGCUGGACCUGUUUGUCUACCGACAGCCAUGCCAUUCAAGUGGUUAUUUGCCGAGCUUGGCAGUUGGAUUGCAAACGUCUUACCAUCAGUCGAGGUGGGACUGUCAGUGCGAGCUGACGGCUUCAUUUGCAUUGGUAAUCAAAUGUCUGCAAUCCAACUGCCAAGUCCAGCAAACCGGUCAGCAACGAACCAGCGUAACCGAGUUCUCUACAGUAUUCAACACAAUCGCCAACCCCGUGCACUUGCCCUGUUCAACACCGAUGCGGCUUGGGCAACCUGGCAGUAUCCCAGCCCUCGUGCUUCCUUCGGGCAGCAUGGCAGCUAGGCAUCGGAAGGGUGUAACAGCUGAACGAUUUUUUUUUAUUUCAACCGAAUGUGCUGCAACGGGUCGCCUCAUGUUUCAAUGGCUUGACACCAGCAAAUUCCUGGUGCACGAUGCUCCGAUCAUCCAUCCAGACUUUGAUGUAUAUCUCCCAGCAAAGAGCGAUAGUCAAUGUUUAUCACCUGUCACGUCUACUGCAAGCAAACCUGUUGUUCCUCAGUGUUCCAUCUUCUCUCAAGCUUGGGGCGAGAUGGCUCAGUUGUUAGAGCGCAAAUUUAUUGACCGGAAGGUCCGUGGUUUGAACACGACCUCUGUCUGUCGACUUCCCCUGUCUACGCCUGGGCAAUUUGGCAAUAUCCCAGCCCUUUUGCAACCUUCGGGUGGCAGCUAG